AAGAGGUUGUGUGAAUGAAUAGAACUUAGAAGAGAUGGCAGAAGCAAAGAAAGAAGUGAGACUUGUGAUAUUGGCAAAGUUCAAGGAAGAUGCCACUCCAGAGAAGAUUGAAGAGGCCAUAACAGAAUAUGCAAAACUAGUGGAUGUCAUCCCAGCCAUGAACAAGUUCCAUUGGGGAAAAGAUGAAAGUUUCAGAGUUAACCUGCACCUGCAUGAAGGGUACACUCAUAUCUUUGAAUCAAGCUUUGACAGCUACGAUGGUAUUCAAGAGUAUGAAGACCACCCUGAGCAUGCUGUCUUUGAACAACUGCUUCUUUCCCGCACUGAGAAACUGCUUGCCUUUACCUAUGAACCUACCAUUGUUAACCUUCAGAAGUAAUUAAUGGCUUCUGCUGCUUUGCUUUCAUCAAAAUAAGUAAUAUUGUUCUGUAUUUUCAAUGCACUGCAAUAUCAUAUUAUUUAUCCUUCUUCUCA